AUGACCACACGCGCAAUGGCCAAUACCACGGGGGUGAUCUCCGACAUAGAGACCAUGGGCAUGAAGGCCGAAAUGACCCAUGAGGAGGUGGUUCAUCUCGCCGAACUGUCACCCGAGGAGAAGAUCCUCGAGAAGAAGCUGGUGCGACGCAUUGAUUCGCUGAUCAUGCCGCUGGUCGUCUUGGUCUAUCUGCUCAAUUACAUUGAUCGGGCAGCAAUAGAUUGGCCGCCCGAGACUAAUCGCGGCAUGUGGAAUGGGGAUAGAAACAACUACGCCGCUGCAAAGCUACAGGGCCUGAUUGGUGAUUUGAACCUGACGAUGACGGAAUAUCAAACGGGUCUGUCGAUUCUGUUCGUGGGCUACAUCCUGAUGCAGGUUCCCAGCAACCUGUUGCUCAACUACAUGGGACGGCCUUCGCUAUACUUGGGCUUUUUCAUCAUAGCCUGGGGACUGGUAUCUGCCUUGACCAGUCAGGUGAAAGGGUACGGCUCGGUUGUGGCCUGUCGCUUCAUCUUGGGUCUCGUGGAGGCCCCCUUCUUUGCCGGCGUUCUUUUCUACCUGUCCAAGUGGUAUACACGCAAGGAGCUGGCCUUCCGCAUGAGUAUUUUCUACUCUGGCUCCCUCCUGAGUGGUGCCUUUGGCAACCUCAUCGCCGCUGGUAUCCUCAAGGGACUCAAGGGCCAUCGCGGCUUGUCCGCUUGGCAAUGGCUCUACAUCAUUGAGGGGACUAUCACCGUGGCGAUCGGACUGGUCAUUUGCUUCAUUCUGCCCGAUUUCCCCGAGACCUGGAAAUUGCUCAGCCCGGAGAUGCGGAGCGUGGCCACACGUCGUCUGUCUAUCGAGGCUGCCGAAGCCGACAUUGAUGAAGCGGGCGGUGUCUCUCAGAUCAAGGGUCUCAAGAUGGCCAUGACCGACAUCAAGACCUAUGUCCUCGCCGUGGGUUACAUGUGUAUCACCGGUGCCGCUGGGUUCCAGAACUUCUUCCCGACCCUGACCAAGACCUUGCACUACAACGACACCAUCUCGCUCCUGCUCGUUGCGCCACCCUACAUCUUCAUGGUCAUCUACAGUCUGGCCCACUCACACAUCUCGGACAAGAUGGGCAAGCGCUUCUGGUUCUUGGUCUACCCGAUCCCCAUCUCCAUCAUCGGAUUCGUGCUCUUCUCCACCACUUCGGGUUUCGCCCCUCGCUACAUCUCCCUCUUCCUGAUGAUGUUUGUCUUUGCGCAGAACGCGACCAUCUAUUCCUGGAUUGCCAACGCCUUGCCUCGGCCCCCUGCCAAGCGAGCCGCUGCUUACGCCUUUAUCAACUCCAUUGGUAACUCGGCCAGUAUCUGGACACCCUACACCUACAUCCAGUCCGAGAGCCCCAAGUUCUGGACCGCGAUGGGUGUCAACAUCGGUCUUCAGGUUCUUGGGCUGCUGUGUGCGCUGUUCAUGUACUUUAACCUGCGCAUGUUGAACAAGCGCCAGGAGCGUCUGGAGAACGAGGAUGUCCAGUUGACUGAGAAAGAGCUGCGCCGACUACAGAUCACGGCCGACGUGGAAGGUAUCGACAUUGGGGCUGCGAGACGUUUACAAAAGGGGCUUCCGCUACGUGCUGUGAUG